UGGGGAUCAGUGGAAGAUUCUCCUUCAUGAACCUUCCUCCCAGCAGCUGAAGCUCUCCCUGCUCUCUCUCACCUCUCCAGCUGCCGUCAGCUGCCCCGAAACAGAGCUGGUUUGGGGUUUCCCCACCAGAGCUGGUAUUUCAGAACUUCGUCGCUCCGGAGGUCUCUGAGAUGGAGCUGUCUCUCAUUAAUAAGGACAAGAUUCCUUGGCUGGUGAAGGUGUCCAUGGAGAGCUGCCCUUAUUUCCAGCUGGCGUGCCCCAGGGAUGUGUACCAUGUGGUGCCAGCAGGCUCCUCUGCCCCUGUGCGCAUCCGCUUCAGCCCCGCCGAGAACAAGGAUUAUUGCCACCAGCUGGUCUGCAUGACAUCAAGGGAAAGGAUCGUUGUGCCAAUUCGGGCCAUUGGUGCCCGAGCUGUCCUGGACUUCCCUGCCCAGCUGGAUUUCUCCAAGUGUGCAGUCCAGGGCAGCACCCAGAAGACUCUGCUGGUGCGCAAUGUCGGUACCCAGGCAGCUCGUUACCAGCUGAGCACCCAGAGUUCCUUCAAAAGCAUGGUCCAGGAGAAGGUGGCAAAGGUGCCAGAAGACCCCAUGCUGUUCUCCCAUGACAUUUUUUCCAUCGAGCCAAUGGAGGGAGAAAUCGGGCCGAAUUGUUCGGCCGAAAUCAAGGUGACCUUCAAACCCCUGGAAGCACAGGAGUAUGGAAGUGUGGCUUACUGCAGCAUCUCAGGCCGUGAGAGCAGGCUGCCCCUGCAGCUCCGAGGGGAAGGCCAAGGACCCUUGGUUGAACUCAGCUCUCAGACUCUGGACCUUGGGAACGUUUUUGUCAACACCCCCCACGUCUAUGAGGUGAAACUGAUGAACCGAGGAGCUCUUGAUGCUCCCUUCACCUGUAUCCCUUCAGCCACCAAGGUGGGCUCCUGCUUCAAGUUUGCACCCGAGGAGGGCAUCAUUGCAGCAGGAGGGAGCCAGACUGUGCAGAUCUCCUUCAGUGCCACCGUGUUGGGCAGCUUUGAGGAAGAGUUCCAGCUCAGAGUGGCUGGAUCUCCUAUGCCUGCCAUCCUGACCAUCAAGGGCAGCGUCAGUGCACUGAGUUUACACUUCGACCUCCCUGAGCUCGACUUCGGGGACAUCUCCUUUGGCUUUCCCUACACCCAGCGCUGUCGCCUCACCAACAGCUCCGCGGUGCCGCUGACGUUCCAGCUCCGCAUGUCGGACGAUGGCACGCAGCCGGCUGUUGACAGCGUGGAUCAGAUCCGCAGGCACAGCGACCCAGCCUGGAGGAAGGGAAUCCAUUUCUAUGUUGAGCCCAGGGAGUUCACCAUGAAUCCCAGCCGAGGGACCAUCCUCCCCCAGGGACACCAGGACAUCGAGGUGACCCUGUGUUCCAACACGGUGAUGGAGUUCCGCCGGAGGAUGCUGGUGGACCUGGAGGGCAUUGGCAAGGGAGUGACAAAACUGUUCAUCACAGCCAGAUGUCUCGUUCCUGAGCUCCAAGUGUCCCCCUAUGUGCUCCAGUAUGAUGAGUGCCACCUGAAGGUGCCCUAUGAGAAGAAGCUCAUCAUCAGGAAUCCCAGCCACCUCCCUGGCUGCUACGGGCUUAUUCCCCAGCCCCAGAGCACAGCAGAGAUCCCAGUUGUGGUGGAGGUGCAGGCGCUGGGCGAGCAUCGCACCAACGUUCUCAUCGGCGUGUUCGGGGAUGAGAGAAACCCCCUGCCUGCCAGCACCAAGUCAUGCUCGUGCUGA